AUGGAGGAAGAACUUAAGAGCUUGAUCAAAGUAUUGGUUUUUACAAUCAUCUCCAUAUCUUAUUGUUACUAUUUGCCACCUAGAAUCAAAUCAGGACUUCCUCGAUUCCUCUCUGUUUUCCCCAUCCUUGCUCUGUUUCUUGCUCUUCCUCUGUUUUUCUCCACUGUGCAUCUCUCUUUCUUCACAGCAUUUUUCCUCACAUGGCUCGCUAAUUUCAAACUCAUUCUCUUCUCCUUUGAUAAAGGUCCUCUAAUCCCAGUUCCUUCAACUCUCUCCCGGUUCCUAUGCUUUACUUGCUUCCCAAUCAAAACCCAGCAAACCCCUAAACGUCAGACUCAUUUGCCCACCAUGUUGGUUUUGGCCGUUAAAGUUGCUAUCUUUAGUAUGCUGUUACAUUUUUAUGACUAUAAACAAACUCUGCACCCGCUUCUACUACUAGGACUCUAUUUUUUACAUCUAUACCUAGAGCUUGAGAUCAUUCUUACGUUAUUCAAAGUUUUGGUUUCCAUCUCUCUUGGAUGCGACCUGGAGCCACAGUCUAAUAAACCAUACUUAGCCACGUCUCUACAAGACUUCUGGGGUCGCCGAUGGAACACUAUUGUGCCCACGAUUCUCAAGCCAGCCGUUUACAAACCAAUGCGGCAAGUCUCCGAACGGAGAAUGAGCUCCGACUGGGCUCUGUAUCUGGGGACCUUGGUGACGUUCACCGUCUCCGGUUUGGUUCACGACUUGCUCUUCUUCUAUUUAACUCGUGAGAUGCCCACUGGACAAGUUACUCUGUUCUUCAUGUUACAAGGCGUUUGCCUUGCGGCGGAAUUGGCUGUGAAGAAGAAGACGACGGUGACGCAACGGUGGCAGUUAAGUCCGGCGAUUUCGAGGAUACUCACGGUGGGGUUUGUGUUUUUGACUGGUUCUUGGUUGAUGACACCUCAGCUUAUAAGGAGCGGCGUGAUGGAGAAGUACAUCAACGAGGCUUUGUUUUUCGUUAGUUUCGUUAAGAACAAGUUUGUUUAGUCUCUUGGGGUAUUAAUUUGAAUGUUA